AUGGCAAAUACCGAUAUCACGAGCACGAGAUCUUUGGAUCCCCGACAGAUCAACUGCGGGUUUCUGAUUACCAAAAACGACAAGCUCAAGCUCUUACCAUCCUCCGGGAGCUUCGUCAUCACGCCGAUAGAGAAAGGAAUUCGACUUUAUUUCCCUCGAGACUCCAACCGAACCGUAUUCACCUGGUACAGUCCAGAUACAACCCUUACAAGCUCCCAAAAUUACCACAUCACGAUCGAGAUACCUGCCGGCGGCUUCGCUGGAGAUAUUCGUCAGUUGACCGAAGAUGAGACGCAAACCCUCGACCUUGAACCUCAUACAGAUCUGAACAACUUUCAUGUUCUGAAUAUCACACUCCUCCAAAACUUCAACACCAACAUCGUGGGGUUUGGUCUGCCGUUUGACGCAGCCACUGAGGAGGUUCAUGGUUGGGUCAACAAUGGUGCUCCGAUUCACGGUGUUGCAUCUCUGGCCGAGAUCCUACAGCAGACCAGCUUUACCAUUCUUCUCAGGGCUACAGAGGCAGAGGUCGCUCGUUGGGUCCAGAAUAUGAACAUUCAGCGCACAACUCUAGACUAUGGAUAUGGCAAAGAUCAAACCUGGAACCUCAACCGCUACGAGAAACAGAUCCCCAACAACAGAGGCCUAGCUUUCACACCUACCAUUCGUUUCGAAGACACCAACCAAAGAGACACCGCUCUUACACAGCUCCAUGUCCAAGAUAAAAUCAACGAGGAGUCUGAGAGAGGCUCAGUCCGCUUUGCGUGUCUACUUGAACUAGGGAAAUUCUAUAAAGGAAAGCACUGGCGCGCCGUCACUCGAGGUCUGAGAGGAGAUCGCAGCAACAUGACAAUCCGAUUCAUGAACCGAGCUCAUGGAGAGGUUACAUGGGAAGCCAAACAUUUGUGCUACGGCCUUACGAAACAUCUCAAAGACGUGAUCAUUACAGAUCGGAUUCCACUUGGCCUCAUGCAACCCCCCAAAGGUCAACCAGGUCAUGCCUUUUCCCCAAUACAUCACAACGAGUAUCCAGGUGUUAAGAUGAAUGUCGAGAGAGACUCUGUUAGACUCUGCUUUCAACGAAACAUGAAAGGAGAGAAGAAUCGUGUCGACGCUAUCAACCGCCUGAGCAAGAAACCCUGGCCUUGCGCGAUUGACAUCUCCGCCCCUCGCAAACAGGCAAUCUUCAACACACUAUUGGUAGGCCAAGGCAUUUGGGCUUCAUCCCAGCUGGGCUUGAGUAUGGAAUUUCCACCUCUUGAUCUCUUUCAGGACGUUCCCGUCGAGGUCCAAGAUGCUUGCCUUGAACUUGUAUUCGAAGAUGACCGCGACCGAGCACGACAAUACUUUAGCAAGCUACAUUUUGGAUUCGGAUUAGUUUCAGGCCCUCCUGGUUCCGGAAAGUCAAACCUUGCUUCAGUCCUUACAAUUCUCAUGUGUUACAACGAGUCCAUCAAGCGUGUGUACGUCAGCGCAGCUUCAAACGAAGCCACCACCAACAUCCUCAAUCGAAUGGACGGUAUAGCCACCGAUAUUACACACAACCUGAACGGUCAAUUCAAAGGAUUGAUGCUUGUACGCGGUUUCGGUCACAGGGAUGAAGUCAAGAAUUGUCUCGACGCCCUUUCGGGUAUUUCGUUUGAGGAUGAUGCCGUUUGGAAUCCAACCUCGUGGAGAUUCAAACUGUCCUUGUGCUGGUGGACUCUACGAGCACUGGGAGCUUCGACCGUACCACCACUGACACCAGACGACAACCAAGAACUAUGGGAGCUUCACCAACAGCUCAACGCACUUGCUGUUCCAGGCUCAGUACCUAACGCAGUAUCCGGAUUCGAACCUCUUGUAAAGAUCGCUCAAGGUCCAGCUUCGACCAUUCCAAAGGCCCACAGCAAAAAGCUUUCCCAACUCAUGAAGCUGGUUCUCGAUUGCGCAGACGUCGUCGCCACUACUCCCGCAGCAUCAAACUCCAAAAUGUACAAAUCAUACAACGCAGACAAGGCACGCGCGGUUGUCUUUGACGAAGCAGCGACAAUGUUUCUAAGCGAUGGUUUGAUGGUAUUUGGAAACACCCCCAGACCCAUGAUUGCGAUUGGCGACCCCGAACAGCUUGCACCCGUACUCCCAACUGAAAUCGAGAUGCUUCACGACAAACGAGACAAACGAGAGGCAAAAGAUCUUGGAGAGGACAACUUCCCCACCAACCGGUUCGCAAAGUUUGCCAAACUCUCCUGGCUCACUCAUUUCAUUCACCUGGGGUGGCCUGUGUUUCAUCUUUACACACAGCACCGAAUGGUCAAAGGACUAUUUGAUAUGUCAAUCGACACUGUCUACCGUGACAUAAAACCGCAAUUCAAGUAUAGCCCACUCUGCGAGCUGGUCAACUUUCCUAUCGCUGUCAAGGUUGAGAAGUACAUGAACAUCAACUACCACGUCCCAUCUUGUUCUGCUGGUCGUCUUCAGCCGAUCUUCUUCGACUGCCGCGAUUGUCCAAGCUGCAACUUCCCGAACAAGGCCUCACGACUCAAUCCCCGCCAGGCUGAUUGCAUGGCCAAGUUUCUCAUCCAGAUGAUCAAUGAUCUGUCAUUGGACCCCGCCGAUAUUGCCGUCCUCACUCCAUAUGUCGCAAACCGUGGCGCGAUCCGAAAGCGCUUCUUCAAAGACGACGUGUUGAAGAAGAUUCAGUGCUCGACUUUUGAUGGAUUCCAAGGCAAGGAGGCUCAAGUUGUGCUCGUGUCGCUGUGCGUGGACCAAAAGACUGGACCGUCGUUUGUAGGGAAUCCGCGAAAGCUGAAUGUCGCGCUGACACGGCAACGAUCGAGUCUCUUGAUCUUUGGAGAUCUGGGCAUGAAUAGAUACGAAUUCAGAGAGAAGCAGGAGGCUGAAUCCAAGAAUGAGGGGUCUGAUCAUUUUGAUCACACAUUGUUUCGAACUGUCUUUCGGAUGAUUAGUGACACUCGUCGGAUUGUCACACUGUAUGGUGAUCUGAAGAUCGAUUUGUCAGUGUAUGAGAAGCGACUGGAAUCGUCGUCCGAGUUUCUGUAG